ACAUCAACUCCCGGCAUGCACCGCGCUCCUUCUUCCGCCUCUGAAUGGAAGUGCCGGCGGGUGAGCCGUGUUGUUGGUGUCAUGGCGGAGCGUGGGGGUUAUCGCUGUGUGGAGUGCAGCAGGGAAGCGGGGGAGCUGUACCGAGACUACCGGCACGGUGUGCUCCGCAUCGCCGUCUGUAAAUCAUGCCAGAAACCCGUGGAUAAAUACAUUGAGUAUGAUCCUGUUAUCAUCUUGAUUAAUGCUAUUUUAUGUAAAGCACAAGCAUACAGACACAUUCUUUUCAAUACAAAGAUAAAUUUUCAUGGGAAGCUCUACAUAUUUUGUUUGCUCUGUGAAGCUUAUCUCAGGUGGCUGCAACUCCAGGAUUCCAGCCAAAGUACGGAUCCUGAUGACUUAAUCAGAUACGCCAAGGAAUGGGAUUUCUAUAGAAUGUUUGGUAUAGCUUCUUUAGAACAAACUUCAUUUUUGGUUGGCAUCUUUAUUGCCUUGUGGUGGAGGAGACCCAAGAUGUUAAAAACAAAGUCUGACUUCAUUUUACUUCUCAAGGCACUGCUGUUGUCCAGCUAUGGAAAGCUUUUGCUAAUUCCAGCUGUUAUUUGGGAACAUGACUACACACCUUUGUGCCUCGUGUUUAUAAAAGUAUUUGUUUUGAUAUCAAACUCUCAGGCAAUUAGAGUUACGUUGAACUUGAACCGAAUGUUCCCUUGGUUGGCUAUUUUCUUUGGAUUCAUUUUGGAAAAUGGUGUGGUCUGUUUGGUCCAGAAAAUGGGAUGGGAUGUUUGAAAUGUCAGCUCAGACCUAAAGAAAUAUGAACAGGAUGAUGAUCAUUUUCAAAUGAAGAGGGUCAUAGAAUAUCCUGAGUUGGAAGGGGCCCACAGUCCAAUUCCUGGCUCCACACAGCACUACCCAAAAUUCAAACCUUAUGUCUGAGAGUGCUGUCCAAAUGCUUCUUGAAUUCUGGCAGCCUGGGGUCAUGACCACUGCCCUGGAGAGACUUCCAGUGCUUGACUUACCCUCUGUUGAAGAACCACACAGUUCCAUGCUGCUCCCUCAGGUCCUGUUGCUGUCUCCAGAGAGAAGAGAUUAGCCUGCACCUCUGCUCCCCUUGUCUAAGCAAGAUCUGUGCCAGCAGGCUCUGAAGACACUGUUUUUAUAGUGAUAAUGAAGAUGAUCAGUAAUAAAAAUUUUAGUAGACAGUUUGAGUAUGAGCUAAAGUGAGAAGAACUUGGAAGUUUGGCUGUUGAACGUGAUGAGCAAUGAAACUUCAGCCUUAGCUUAUUUUUCUAUAAAAAAUAUGAACAUUUUCACUAUCCUUAUAGCUUUAUAAAUCUGGCUGUGUAAGUGACUGAAAUAAAAAAGGUAUGCUAGAAAAAUGUUAGCGCUGUUAGCAAUCACUGCAUUUUGGCAGAAAGAGGGGGAUAAAUUGUUCCCUUAGAAGGAAGGAAAAGAAUCAGUGGAAAAAAUGUAAGAGCCAAAAUUGAUAUUUUUACAAAAGCAGAUUUCAGAGAAAAAUGAACAUGUGCAAACAGAUUUUUUUAAUAGAAAAGGCAAGUAUUGCAGAUUGAAAGUAGAAUGGAAAAAAUAAGUUCCAUUCUUUGGAUUGUUUAUUAUAAAUGCUCCAGAAUAAUGAAAUCUAGAGUAAUCUCUAAGAAGUACAGUUGUAACUGGCUUAGAAUUGGAUGUGAUUUUAUAAAAAGUGAAAUGUAAGUCGACUCAGCAAUGAGCUUUUAACAAGGAGACACUUAAGAAAGUUCUUCACUUUUUUUCCUUCACAGGCGAGGAGAGGGAUAGAUGGCCCACCAAGGAAGGAGCUGGCAGAAUUGAUUUUCUCAAGGCAGUAGUUAGGACACUGACCUACUCUUCUACAGACCUGUUUUCAUUGUGCUUCAGUCAGUGUUUAAUUUUCCCACUUCAGAUUUAGAAGGCUGUACUGUCUACAGGUACUAUUUAGCUUCUUCAUUUUUCUCAGGUACAGUCUCCUAUCUACCUUUUGCAAAAUGCAUUAGUUAAAAUUUUGCAACAUCUUCCAAGUUAAUUACAAACAGGUUUAGGGUAGGUCUAGAUUACGAUCACAGAAGACAUCAGACAUUAAAACUCUUGCAACUACGCGAGUGUUAAGUUACUCUGUUAGAAAAACAAAGGAUUGCUAAUUGUUUUUCAAUAGAUCAGAAGCCAACACCACGUAUGUACCACUUGUUAAAAUAGGCACCUUUCUGAGCUUGUGAUAUGGCCAGAGAAAGAUAAAAAACAAACAAAAAAAUCACCCAAGCCCUGAAAAAUAAAGUGCAACCCCAUUUAAAUGCACAAAACAAGUCAACACCAAAACUGUUCCAGUAAGCACAUAGUUGUGAGGGUGUAUGAGGGAUCCACCUUGCUGUAGCAACUUUGGCAACGUGGUAUCUAGAACAUGCUUUGCAUAAUUAGAUUUGGAGAGGUACUCCUCCCCCAUGACCUUUUUAAAAACAGUACAUUGCUGAUGGUGCUUUGAAGAGCUUGUCUUCCUACACUGGCAGACACAUCACUGCAACACAUGCUGCAGUUUGAGAAGGUGCAAUGGGAAAGUGCAGGAAAUAUUUUAUAAAAGCUUCAUGGAUACAAGUUUGGCCUGCUUUCAUUUUCUUCCUUCACCUUCUGCCCAUAGCGAAAGGGGGGAUAUGGUUCUGCUGCAGCAGAGAAGGCAACAAGAAUAUGCACUAGGAAAAUGCUGGUGUCCACUGAGUCAAACCCUAUUUGUUAUUGUAACACUCAUGCAAUAUUUUCCAGCUUUCUGUACAUACAAGGAAAAGAUAUUACAUGUAAUGUAAAUAUUACCAGUUCAGAAGCAAAAUAUAUAAAUAAAAUGUAUAUAAAUUAGAAGGGAACAAUCUUCUUAAGUUUAUUCAGAAUUAAAAAAUAACUUAUUUUGGGACGCUUUCUGAGUUUUAUUUAGUAGACCUAAAAUGGAAGUGAACACUUCCAAAGUGCUUCUAUCUUCUGUCACACAGGCUGAUAAUGUCUCAGCUUUGCACUCUGCAAUGCUGUCAGGAGCCACCAUCAUUCUUAUGCAAGUUUGAGGAAGAAGGAAAAAUUAAUUGCUGCGCAGCUGUGGACAAAAGUAGGUGUUGUACAUGCGUUUGGUCUUUCAGAGGCAUCAUUAUCUAGUCAUGCAGGGCAUGCCUUGUGUGAUUUUACGGCUACUAAUGUACCAGAGCUAAUGUGACAAGAGCAUUAAUACUCCGUGAAUCUAGUAGGAACGUGAGGAUUCUUUCCCCCUCAUGUGUGCGUGUUGACCAUUGACAGUGUGUGUUGAGGACUGUGUUUUUUAUGCAUUUGGGAAAGGGUCCCAUAUGGUGCUUCAGAGAAAACCUAGACUAUUUUAAGGUCCUGUCUGCUUAAAACAGUCAUGUACCUUUCACAUUUAUUCUUUUCUGUCUUUUGAUCUCAUCUUCCUUUCAUUUAUUUUUGCAAUGGAAUAGUCAUCUGUGCUAGAAAAUGUAUUAGAGAAAUAAAUUGUUUUGCUCAGAGCCCAGUAGGUUAUUGUGGCCUACAGGAGAAGGAAACAAGUCCAGAAUUGUCAGAUGGAGUGUACAAAACAAACAAUGAUGUUCUUUAGACCUGGGUUGUGCCAACGUUUAGUGAUUAUGCUGUGAACUUUAACUGAGUCCAUAGGUCAAGUAUUUAGAAAUUACUCUAUACGACAGUAGAGAACUGGAGUAAAAGUUAAAUAGUUAAAAGGAUGUAGAUGGCAGGCAGAAUUGAGAAGAUCAUUUAGAAAAAAAGGAGGGUUGGGUUUAAUCUUAAGAAAUGUUAAUGCAAGAGAAGACUGAGCUAUUAUGGAUGGAGUAUAAAACAGUAUGAGUAUGUGAUUAAGCAAACAAACAUCAUACUCCUCAAUAUUUCCAAGGAUUUUUCAGAAACUCUGGAAUGAAUGGAGAAUCAGCGCUGUUGCACAGCCCUUCUUGUUCACAGCAAUAGUAUGUGUUGCCUUAGGUCUCACUGGUGAAGAGUAGGCUACUACCCUUGUGACCUCAUUCAAGCAUAGACAAGUGAGUCCUGUCUUACACAACCAGCCCUAUCUCCAGCGCACAAGCUGCCGUUUGUUAUCCCAGUAUUCAUAAAACUGAAAGUAAGAUAUCCAUCUGCACUGGAAAACUAUUAGCAGCUGAUUUCUGUUAAAACAAGAAAGCUAUUGUUUUUUUUCAGGAACUUGCAUUUUCCCGAUCCAGUUCUCACCCAAGGAAGUAAUAGUAAGCGCUGCAGUGCCAUCUGGAGUUUAAGAGUAAAGCACUGUUGUUUCCAAAACUGGAAGGAACAUAAAAGCACUGUUAGUACAUAAUCUUUCAUUAUUUUUCAUUCUGUAAUAUCUCCAACCUUCUAAAUAAAACUAUUACUCAUUUUCA